UCAGCUUAAGGCUCAGCAGCAGUUCCUCCCAGUGCAUUAGUCUAUCAUGUCGUCCGGUGUCGGUGUCGAUGACGAGGUCAUUACGCAGUUCAACGACUUCAAGCUCAAGCGCGCCCCGCAUGACUUCCGUUACUUCAUCUACAAGAUUGAGGGUGACUCGCAGAUUGUGAUUGAGUCCACGGGCCCCAGCUCCGAGUCGUACCAGGACAUGGCCGAUAAGCUCGCUCAGAUUACGAACGACUGCCGAUACGCCCUAGUGGACCUGGACCUGACCACGAAGGAUGGCCGCCCUACCAGCAAGAUUGUCUUCCUGUCUUGGUCGCCCGACACGGCCCGCAUUAAGUCGAAGAUGCUGUACGCGUCGUCGAAGGAAGCCAUCAAGCGCGUCCUCAUGGGCGUGGGCAUUCACCUUACGGCCACUGACGCUUCGGAGCUCUCGCUCGAGUCUAUUGAGGACGGCGUUUCCAAGUUCCUGUAGAGUGGGGAUGCGUUUUGGUAGAUUGGAUUCGCCCUGCGCUCAGUUGCGCAAAGUGAUGCUCAAGUAAUCCCAGCAUUUGCAUUUCUAGUUUCCA